AUGUACCUCACCUGGUUGGGACUGGUGAACAUUCCGGAUGUGCAGUGCAAUCCGACACUGCGCAAGGUUAACACCACUACGAUGGUGGAUGGCAAGCCCGUGGUGUUGGUGACUGCCGAUCUAAACUUUGGUUGGCAGACGGCUGUUUCUCUCUCCAUUCUUAUUUUCUCCGUCAUGUGGUCAAGCUUCCGCACCAGCUCGCACAGCACUGUGGGCAGGCUUACAAUGGCAGUAAGUUAUUCAGUAUGCACGCGAUUCGUAUGUCGGUCUUGA